CCCUCGUAACUCCCUCCCCCCACCGUCGCCAGGAGGAGGAGAAGAAUCCACUCCCAAGGGCUCGAUUCGCACACGACAGCGGAGGAGACCACCGGAGAUGGCUGCGAAUUGGGCCCGAAGGCUCGCCGGCGGCGAGGCGCCGGCGAGGCGGUGUAACCUGGAGAGAUUCCUCGAGGCCACCACGCCUGUGGUUACGCCCAGCUGCUCCUCCAAGGAGGGCAUCAAGGGCUGGAGUCAAUCGGAUGCAGAUGAUUCGUUGCCGUUCUUCACUCUGGGAGACCUCUGGGACGCAUUCAGGGAGUGCAGCGCAUACGGCACCGCUGUACCUCUUGUUCUGAACAGUUGCAGCGACGAUGUCGUUCAGUAUUACGUCCCCUACUUAUCUGCAAUCCAGCUUUACGGCGGAUUCAGGAGGCACGUCGGCCCUUCCAGGAUGGGUGCAGAGGAGAGCGACAGCGACGUGGAGCUUGAGACAAGCUCCAGCGCGAACACGUCCUCGGCGCAGGAAACCAGCGAGAGCUCCAGCGGCAGCGAAGCUUCCAGCGACGAAGGCGAGUCCGGAAGAAGCUGCCACGAGCAGCUCCUCUUCGAGUUCCUCGAGUCCGAGCCUCCCUACCAGCGCGAGCCGCUGGCUGACAAGAUUUGCAGCCUCGCGAAGCGGUUUCCAGAGCUGCAGACGCCCAGGAGCUGCGAUCUCUCGCCAGCCAGCUGGAUCUCCGUUGCAUGGUACCCGAUCUACGGGAUCCCGGCGGGACCAACACAGCGCGACCUGGACGCCUGCUUCCUCACCUACCACUCCCUCUCCACGCAGUUCGCAGGCGCCGGCAAGCAGGGCCCCAGACCGACGGCCCCCGUAGCGGCGAUGUGGCUCCCGACGUUCGCGAUGGCGUCGUACAAGCUCAAGGGCGCGGCGUGGACGCCGGGGUGGCGCGACCGGCAGCUGGCGGCGUCCCUCGCGCAGGCCGCCGACGCCUGGACCAGGCUCCUCCGCGCGGACCACCCGGACCACCGGUUCUUCGCCGCCCGGCGCGCGCCGAGCAGGAGGUGGUGAUUGGUGCGGUGGAGAGCUGGAGAUCGACCAACUGUUGACUGUUCAGUCACACCAUGGACAGUCCUGUACAAUGAAACCAAGAACAUAUAGUAUGUGCUUGUCUUAAUUUUUGUUCUCGAGUCUGAAAACGGUCGGAAACGGUAAUUAUUCGGUAAUCAGUUUUUUGGUCGUUUUUCUUUGAUUGCGAAUAAAUAGGAUAUAGAAUC